AUGGGCUUCACGGUGGAGACCCUGAGGGAGGCUAUGAAGUACAUGGUGGAGUCGCAGGGCUUCGACCGGGUGCUCCGCAAGAUGAAACUUCAAUCUGCAACUCCUGGAAGAGUAGUCUGUGAAAUGAAAGUAGAGGAGGAGCAUACAAACAGAGGUGGCACAUUACAUGGAGGUUUGACUGCCACACUUGUGGAUGUGGUGUCAACAACAGCUUUGCUGUACACAGAAAGAGCAAUACCUGGGGUCAGUGUGGACAUGAACAUCACAUACACUUCUGCUGCUAAGAUUGGAGAAGACAUACUGAUUACAGCUCAGAUUCUGAAGCAAGGAAAAACCCUUGCGUUUGCCACCGUGGAYUUAACAAAUAAGGCGACAGGAAAGUUAAUUGCACAAGGUAGACAUACAAAGUUCAUAGGAAAUUAAUAUGAAAAAUUAUUUUAAAUAAUAAUGUUGGACUUCAGAAUCCCAUAUGGAAUUAUUUACUCACACCAAAUCAUCUGCACAAAGUUGUGAUAGUCUCUAUCAAGUCAAUUUGUCUCACUCCUAUAAUAAACGAACAAAUUUCUUAAUUACCACCAGAAUUUCUACAAGCCUGGGUUUGGGAUGAACAACAGAGUAUGACAGCACAGGGAUGCACCUGGCUUAUUUUGGUUAGAUAGCAGAAGGGAAGAGCCUUUGGACAUGCCAUAUGGUUUACCAGCAUGACAGUGUUUUAAGAGAUCUGCUUUCUUUACCUGUGGUGUCAUGUGACAAAGCAACCCGGUCUUCAGGCCUGUCACAGUCACACUCAAACACCACUAAAUGUGCUUCCAAACUCUACUUGUUCCCUAAGAUGGUAGUAUAGAGUUCCUGUAACAUCGUGCAGAACUGGUUUGAAAGUGUACAGCAGAGUAAUACAAAAUGGAAUUUACUGAUGCUGUAAUAAAUCAAGAAGUAUUCAAUAAAGCUUUCUGAAACUACCUUUUUUAAAGAUUGUUCCAUAGUUUUGUAGCCUCUUCGCACUAAAUAAAACCUUACCAGAAUGGAGGUGAGAGAAUGGAGGGAGAUGGAAUUUGUAUGCAAAUUCACCUGAGAUGUCGUCAUCUCCCUCUGAUCUUUGAAUAUGAAAAUGCAGUUAUAUCAUGUGGGCUUUUCACCUAUACCUAUCUAGUUGUAGAGGUGUAAAAAUCAUCACCUACAUGUUACAGAUGUAUCAAAAUAAUUUGGGUGAGCUUUCAUUCAGGCUAAGGCUAUAGAUUAUCCGACCUGGGUUGAAUGUGGUAGAGCUGCUGUUCAUCGGCUGAUAACUGGUCUCUUGCACUAUUGUGGACAGGCUUAACUGCUUUCUUCAGACUGUUGACAAAUGAUCCAAGGCUAUCAUGCUGUAAUAAAAACAGCAGUGCUACAUAUGCACUGAACAAUUGUCUCCCCUAGCAAAAAGCUAAUCUACACUAGCAUAUAUAACAAAAAGUCCUUUUUGUUGUGUAAGUUAACUCAUUGUCUUCAGUCACUUGACUUUUGUGAUGAAAUGUGCAGUUAGGGUUUUUUCUGUGCAUUCCUAAACCUAAAGGAAUAAUUUUCAAUKAGUUAGGUGACUGACCUGUUCAUGCAGUCUGAUUUUCAAUACAAAGUUGUACAAGUUUACUAAUGUGUCAUCAUUUUGAACAAGUAAUAUGAGCAGAUUGCCAGUGGAAGUCUCUAAAAAAUACCUACAGUGGGCUCAGGCUACCAGCAUGUAUUUUUGCUGCAAAUUAAUUAUUGUUCAUGGUAUAUACAUUCUCAAUAAAAGCUUCUUCUAUGUGGCUGUCUCAGAAGCCUACAUGGCUGACAUKCCUGUGGCUAGUUGAACUUUUAAUAGUAGCAUCUCCUCUUUAGCAAUACAUUCAAAAUUUGUUUUCCCCCAGUACUUGCACUCACUUGUGCUCAGAAAUCAUCCCUGAAUCCCAUUUAAAGAAACACAGGGUUUUGCUGAAACAGUUCUGCAAAGGUGCUUACUACAGGGGCAACCUUUUUUUUAAAGAAUCUUUGCUCCUGAGAACUAGAUGYCUCAUUGUAUUAAAUUCUCACUUUACAGCUCCCUCAGCCUGGAGUGCUGUUAUGAGUCUUAAGCAUCUCCAGUUCCUCUACAUUUACUUGGAUGAGCGGAGAGGAUCAGUCAAAGCAACACUUACUCACUUUGGCAACUGCUUCUCUGGWUAUCUUCCAAUUAACAUGUUCUGGCAUCUCCAGCCAUCUUUUUUCUCAUUCUUAAAUUUACCAGUUUUCUUCGAUGGGUUAUUCAUGUAGUAGAGUGCAAGAAAAUAGAAGUAAGCAUUAAAACUGCUCCCCUCCAACUGCUAUAAAGCCACACACCUCACUGGAACAUGAGAGUGAUUUUUACCUGCAAUAAAAGGCACAGGGUGAGAAUGAAGGAGGUGCCAAAUUCAAUAUGUGAUAAAAUAUUGAGAACACUCAGCUCUACGUGCUGGGGCCACUCUGUCCUUGUGUAACUGUCCCAGUGCAACUUAACACGGCUUCCCUCAAUCAGCACUGGCUGCCUCAGGAACCURUCAGAGUUAAGUGGUCCCAUUCUAUCACUUAGCAUUCAUCAUAUCUACAUAAUUGCUACUGAAAAGCGUCCAGGCCAAUUGAGAGUGGCAAACUUCAACACAGAAGCAACAACAUCCUCCUGUUCCCGUUCAAGCCUGGCAAGGACUGUUUCAGGCUGAGAGGGAAACGGAAAUAAACCUUCCUGAAAUGACAAGUGAAUUCUCCCUUACAACAGACUAUUCAACGCAGUGUUUUAGUACUGCCUAAUUAAUAAGAGGGACACCAUUAAUAUGCAGGCCAGUUAUUUCAGAAGCAUUAAUUAAACAGUAUUUUAAGACAUCCUUCCACCAGAAACAGUAUGUUGACCUCAUAAUUUAUUUCACAAGUUCUCUUAGGUGCAGAGAUGAUCUUAGAAAGAAUUGUCACCAGUGAGCUUGCCUAGCUUUGGGAGUAAACUGUCAAGCAUCAGACUUAAUACUUGGAAGUGUUCUUACUGAUUUCACUCUAAGCUGCAUGUUGAAAAAUCUUAUCUUAGCUGAAUCUCAAAGAAAGUAAUGGAAACAAAUUACUGUAAGAAGGACAAAUGGCUCCACCUGGCAUCAAACAGACCUCCUGUGGGGUUGACCUGGUUCUAUCACAGCAGAUUUAGGCAUGAUUCCCUUACAAGCAAGGAAAUAAAAGUGAUUUCAUGA